GCGUCCCUGGAGCGCGCUAUAAAACCUGCACGGGUGGCGCUCGCCACUCAGCCAGACCUGGGUUGAAGGGGCAGUCCCCAUCUCCAGACCGUGACAGCCUUAGCAUGCAGAGCAUGCAGAACAUGAGCUUCUUCCUGCGAAGGCGAUGCCUCUGCCAAGGCUUCCUGCUCUUCUAUCUCUUAAGUCAAGUUUCUGCAGCCCAGCGCUGUCAGUCCCCGUGCCCGCUCCAGUGCCCCACUACACCGCCGACUUGCGCCCCUGGGGUGCGCUCGGUGCUGGAUGGCUGCUCCUGCUGUCUGGUGUGCGCCCGCCAGCGCGGGGAGAGCUGCUCCGAGCUGAAGCCCUGCGACCAGAGCAGCGGCCUCUACUGUGACCGCAGUGCAGACCCCAGCAACCAGACUGGCAUAUGCAUGGUUCUCGAGGGAGACAACUGUGUGUUCGAUGGGGUCAUUUACCGCAGCGGAGAGAAGUUUGAACCCAACUGUCAAUACCACUGCACCUGCAGAGAUGGGCAGAUUGGCUGUGUGCCCCGCUGCCAGCUGGAUGUGCUGCUGCCAGGUCCUGACUGCCCAACUCCAAGAAAAGUUGCUGUGCCUGGAGAGUGCUGCGAAAAGUGGACCUGUGGCCCAAAUGAGCAGGGGACACUGGGAGGCCUGGCCCUUCCAGCCUACAGGCCAGAAGCCACCGUAGGGGUCGAAGUCUCUGACGCCAGUAUCAACUGUAUCGAGCAGACCACAGAGUGGAGUGCGUGCUCCAAAAGCUGCGGAAUGGGCUUGUCCUCCAGGGUCACCAACAGGAACCGCCAGUGUGAGAUGGUGAAGCAAACUCGUCUCUGCAUGGUUCGGCCUUGUGAACAAGAGUCCAAGCAACCAACUGACAAGAAAGGUAAAAAGUGUCUCCGCACAAAGAAGUCCCUGAAAGCCAUCCACCUACAGUUCAAGAACUGCACUAGCCUGCACACCUACAAGCCCAGAUUCUGUGGGGUCUGCAGCGAUGGCCGGUGCUGUACCCCACACAACACCAAAACCAUCCAGGUGGAAUUUCAGUGUUCCCCAGGGCAAACCAUCAAGAAACCAGUGAUGGUCAUUGGAACCUGUACCUGUCACUCUAACUGCCCCCAGAACAAUGAAGCCUUUCUUCAGGAGCUGGAGCUGAAGACGAGCAGAGGAGAAAUGUAACAGGUGUCCAGAAAAGCACAUGGAUGGAGGCAAACCAUUACUGUCACUUGGCUGGCUAUCACCUGACUAUAAGAAAAUAGUGAAACAGUGUCCAUGUAUGUUUCUGUGAUCAUAUGACAUCAUUUAUAUUUGUUUUCUAUUUUUUAAGGAAAGGUGUUCCAAAUGUAAACUUGGAAUCAAGGUAAGCUCAGGAUAUAGCUUAGGGAGGACUUGCUUUCCUGUGCUGUUUAUUGAAAGUGCAAAUCUGCGUAAAUUUAAGUCAGAACGAUGAUUUAGCUUGUAGAGUGGGUCAUGCUACACUCAUUUUCUGUGCACUAGUUAUAUACCAAUAAGUGUCACAGAAAUGAAUGACACAGGGAAAUCUAAGAUCACAUUGAACGUGUACAUAUAUAUAUAUAUAUCUCACUAUAUACUGAGGGACCUCUACCGAGCUCCCAUUUGGGGUAGGUCAACUCUGUACUUCCAAGUCUAAGGUCAAAGGAAACAUACAGCUCUUGAACAUGGAAGUUCAGAGUCUGGUAUUUUUACUUAGUGGUAUACUAGGAAAUGUGCUGCAGCUACAGCAGUGGAAUGUCUUUAAUUAAGUGGACUGGGAUCACGAACUUUCUCCACUGUAGAUAAACUGACUCCUUUCCAGUCGAAAGAAGCCGAACCAAAACCUUCCAGUGCAGAGAUGACGGGGCCUCUCUACCCACGGUUUGUGUCCUGGGGUCUGCCGAGGCUCACUUCUUCAUAAUUCAGCAGGGAUUCUCUCGUAGUCAAACAGUACACUGAGGACCAGGCCACCUAAUUACAAUCUCUGAUGACUUUCAAAUGUGCUUUUGGUGCAGUAUUGAGAAGGAAGAUCAGAAUCCACAAAUCUUAUGAAAGUUUAGAGUUAUUGAAGAGCUGCUCAAAACAAUCCUUUGGUUAUGGUUAUGAAAACACAAGAUAUACAUGUGCACUACAUGUGUUUAAUAGAUAAAGAUCAGAAAAUGCGCUGCCCAAUGCAACUGCUACAUCACCGCACGUGUUCCACUUUUCCCCUUAAAGUAUUUAUGGAAUAUAAAUUAUACAUCUUGUAAAAUAUUCUCUUUAAUUUCUCUAGUUGUCAGACACAACUUUAAAAAAAUAUGAUGCUAUGAGUGUGUGACUCUGGUAUUAGUUUUGUGUUAUGAGUUUAAUGUUGUUCACUUAAAAUAAAAAUC